AUGACUAACGUAUCCACCAUGGCCGAAACUCCAGAAGCUUAUACCUCGGCUACCAACGACUUCCGUUCGGACACGUUCACCACACCUACCCCGGAAAUGGUGCAAGCUGCGCUCACUGCGUCGAUCGGAGACGCCGUGUACAACGAAGACGUGGACACGAUCCGUCUGGAACAGCAAGUUGCGCAACUUGCCGGGAAAGAGGCAGGGCUUUUCUGCGUUUCCGGAACGCUUUCUAACCAGAUCGCGCUGCGGUGUCACUUGUUCCAGCCUCCAUACUCUAUCCUGUGCGACUACAGAGCCCACGUCUACACGCACGAGGCCGCCGGGCUGGCUAUCUUGUCGCAAGCCAUGGUCGUGCCCGUGAUUCCAUCCAACGGUAACUAUAUGACGCUGGAGGACAUCAAGCUGCACUACGUGCCCGACGAUGGAGACAUCCACGGGGCACCCACCAAGGUGUUGUCGCUGGAAAACACGCUGCACGGUAUCGUGUACCCUCUGGAAGAGCUGAUGCGCAUCAAGGUGUGGUGUAUGGACAACGGCAUCAAGCUGCACUGCGACGGUGCUCGUAUCUGGAACGCAGUGGCGGAAACCAGUGUGCCAUUGAAGCAGUUUGGAGAGAUCUUCGACUCCAUCUCCAUCUGUCUGUCCAAGUCUCUCGGCGCGCCCAUGGGAUCCAUCCUUGUCGGGGACUUCAAGUUUAUCAAAAAAUGCAACCAUUUCAGAAAGCAGCAAGGUGGUGGUAUCAGACAAUCCGGUAUGAUGUGUAAGAUGGCCUCCGUUGCUGUCGGGGGCAACUGGAAAGAGAAACUGAGACGUUCUCAUCGCAUGGCUCAUCAUCUGGCUGAUUUUUGCAAGUUGCAUAAGAUUCCUUUGGAGUCCCCUGCCGACACCAAUUUUGUGUUUUUGGAUUUGCAAAAAGCCAAGAUGAACCCCGACGUCUUGGUCAAGAAGGGUCUGAAAUACCAAGUUAAGCUUAUGGGUGGUCGGGUGUCCAUGCACUACCAAAUUUCUGAGGAAUCCCUGGAGAGAGUAAAGCAAGCCAUUUUGGAGGCUUUUCAACAUGCCCAGGAGCAUCCUCACGAUGUCGAGGGACCUACCAAGAUCUACCGUAGCGAGUCUACCGAGAUCGAUAUUGAUGGUAACGCCAUUGGCGAAAUCCAGACUUACAAGUACUAA